CAUCUUAUCCAUCUCCGUACGCCACUUCCGGUCUUCACUCCUUUCUCUGAGCUUCUAUCGACUGUGUGACCCGCGUGUUUACACACUCCCAGAUGAAGGAGUCGAUAAUGAACCAGGAGAAGCUCGCCAAACUGCAGGCGCAGGUCCGCAUAGGUGGCAAGGGGUCGGCACGCAGAAAGAAGAAGGUGGUGCACAGAACGGCAACAGCAGAUGACAAGAAGCUGCAGUUCUCCCUCAAGAAACUGGGAGUCAACAACAUCUCUGGCAUUGAAGAGGUGAAUAUGUUCACAAACCAGGGGACAGUGAUCCACUUCAAUAACCCAAAGGUUCAGGCGUCCUUGGCUGCCAACACCUUUACGAUCACAGGGCACGCUGAGAACAAGCAGCUCACAGAGAUGCUCCCAGGAAUCCUAAACCAGCUGGGAGCCGACAGUCUUACCAGCCUCAGGAGAUUAGCAGAGAACCUGCCCAAACCAGCUGGAGAGAACAAAGCCCCUAUGGUUGCUGUUGAAGAGGAGGAGGAGGAGGAUGAUGAGGUUCCAGAUCUUGUUGAAAACUUUGACGAGGCUUCAAAGGACGAGGCCAACUAACAAACACCAGCACACAUUUCAAGGCCCCUCUUGACACACUGUACUUUGACACAGCAACAUUUUGUAAUUGUUCAUCUCUGUAAUUGCUCUGUGGCUACAAACUAAAGUUGCUUUUUAAUUGUAACCAUGACAAUUGGGAUAAAACAAGUCAAAUUGACUCUGUGGCAACUGUUACUUACCCUUUUGUUUUUGCCUCGUUCUGCAGUACAUACAAAAUUAUUUAAUUCAGUGGAAUGUGCAAACCUCUCUCUUUCACAUGCUGCCCGGCCGCAUUGUGAUGCCCACACAUCAAACAUGUAUCAGUGAAAUUAAUCAUGGAAUAAAAUUUUUUGAAAGAAAA